ACUACAUAUUGACCACGGGUUACGCGUUGCACAGCCUUACAAUAGCUUGCGGUGUAAGAUUUCCUCAACGACAACCAUAUCGCCACUCUGGCCAGGACUUGACUGCGCCACAGGAGGAAGUAACAGACGGUAAAAAAAAACGACAGACCAGCGCUUACCCUAACGCUGGCGACAACCACCUCUCGAACACUACUUUACUGAUUUUGUUCAGGGACGACUCAGAGAUCGCUACUGUCAACAUGUCAAGAGUGAACAAAGAAGGUCCCUACGCUGUUUACUGUGUCUUCCUUCUUGUCGUGGUUGUUGAGAACACGUUGGCUUUGUCUGGGCCGCAGGGCAGUGUGUGCGGCAGCCGGUGUUGUGAGGGCUGGGACCAGGCGGGGGACACCUGCGUUCACUGCUACAGUCCGUGUGUACACGGCACGUGUGUGGACAUGAACGUCUGUGAGUGUGAGCCAGGGUGGGAAGGGGGGGAUUGUCGUCAUGACGUUGACGAGUGCUGGUAUGAGACUCACGUCUGUCAUCACAACUGUCACAACAACGAUGGGUGUUACACCUGUUCAUGUGAUGACGGCUUCCAGCUCAUCAACUCUACACACUGCGUUAACUCUACAACAUUCAACAUCAGCAGUACAACGGUGGAACCUCCGCAGGGGGCCACAGAGAUUCCUGCACACUGUGUCACAGCUACAACAACCCACACGCCACAGAGAACCACCAGGACCACAACAACAACAACAACAACAACAACAACAGCAGCCGACGUGACAACAAGACGACCACUGAUCAUGAGGACCACCCCAGCCUAUACCGAAGCACCAGACCGUCACCAGACCCUGCCAGUCACUGUUCCAGUUGUGAAUGACAAAGGCAGAAGCCAAGCUCCGCCGGGAGGGACACACCUUCAAAACGUCGACGCGGCAAUCGGAGCCUCAGUCAGCGGGGUGGCCGUGAUACUGUUGGUCAUCUCCGGGAUUCUCAUCUACUGCUGGAACAAGAAAAAGACGACAGCACCAACCCGCCAACAAGAGCAGUUUGCAAAUCCUCCACAUUCACAACAGCAGCUUGUUUCCCUACCUGACUAUAGCGGCAUGCACUGGAAUAAUCCCCUGUAUGAAGAAAUGCCCGAAACGCAUAACCCACCACCCCCGUAUGGGGCAACGAGAAAUUAUGAAACUUCAAUGAGCUUUGCCGCUGUAGCCGGAAUGCCACAGGUUGACAAAACAGAUACUAACGGUGUAGGCGUUGCGAAAGAUGGUAGUAUCACUGAAUUUUCGAGUAACGUGCAUGUCGAUAUUCAGAAAGCGCGAAUCCCACCAGACGACCGUUAUGAGCCGCAAAAGAAGGUUCCUGAAAAUCAAUAUCAGAGCAUUAAGCGCUGGUGAAGUGUAGAGUAUGCAACUAACAAGAUUUAAGUAUUACCAACAGUUCAUGAGUGAUUGCAUGUAGUCACGCGAUGCCCAAUACAGGAUUGUAGCGACUAGCGGUACCUUUAUCGCUUGUGUGACAUGAAGUCGAAUAAACCGUCUGCUUUGUUUUUGUUCAGAGUGUGUCUAAAAUUGACUCAAUAAAGAGAAUAU